AUGUCCAUCGCUCCCCAAGAAUUUCAGUCCCAGUCCUACUACUAUCUUCCCUACCGUUCUUCUGUCUCUUCCCAACGACAACCACAACAUCAAGAGAUCUCCUACUUCAACUUUACCAACCUCAACCAUUCACCAACUCUCGACUCUGCAACUACUGCCGCAAUGGCCGCUGCCGCCGCCGCCAAUGCACGAUCUCAACAAGAUGCGAGUGUCGCACAGGCUCUCGAGAUCGCUCGUGAAAGUCCUGAUGGUUCAUCGGAUCCUACCAUUAGCAAAAUUCUAGAAGCUGCCCUGGCACGAAUCUGGAGCAAAGUCACAGAAAAUCCUGACUCAUAUGUCAUGACAAAAGAGGAGUUUGCCGUCUUCAACUUCUUCCAGCACCGGUUCACCGGCAACAAAAUGGCCAUUAGCGCUCGCAAGCGAUACUGGGACAACACCCACGCUUGA